AUCGCCGCGACCUAUUGAGAAGAAGACGUCAGCCAAGUCUGUGAAGGUAGUAGCUGCCCCCGUGGUCCGCGAAUAUUACUCUGCGAGUAUACGUUAUGGAUGAAGCUAAGACGGAGAGACAGCUCUCGCCCAGUGAGUUGUCUGUGUACACGCCGCGGCCUCAGAGGCUCCAUUUUGUGGCGGAGCAGCCCAGUGCCUUGGAGAAUGGACUCAGUGCCGUGAGAGGAAGACUUCAGUGCUAUGUGCAAGCCGUUAAAGACACGUUUGUAGGAGUGAGUGUAAGAGUUGUGAAUCUAUACCAUGCAGGACAGGACGUUUAUCACUUCCUCAAAGAGCCCUCCCCUGGAUUUCUCCCCAGGUUUGGAGUGAUUGCUGUGUCUGGCCUGGGUGGAGUUAUUCUGGCACGGAAAGGGCCACGGUGGAAGAGACUGGGACUCCCGCUGAGUCUGGCUGGUGCAGGCGCAGCCGUGUGCUAUCCUGCGCAGACGGUGGCAGUGCUGAAGAUGAGUGGAAAGAAGCUGUAUGCUGCCUCCCAGUGGACAAGCACUGCAGUGGCAGCGCUAUGGAAACCAAACCCCAUCAAAGACACCGGUGCACCCCCACUAAUUAGUCCAAUGUUAGAUACACAAGUUCCUACAGCAGUGCCUGAGGCUCGGCUCGAGAGACAGGUCUCAGAGAUUCCAGAGCAGAGAGCAGUGGUUCCUGAGAUGGACCCUGGGCUUGUGGACUUUGGCCAGUCAAACCCGGAGGACGCCGACCUGUACAGCACACGCGGCUGAUGACUGGAGGACAGGAGCCAGUGAAGAGAAGUGAAAAACAUCUGUCUGUCCCUCCAUCCAGUCCACAGACGAAGAUUAUGUCUCACUCAUACGUAUGUGUUGUAAAGAAAAACUGAAGGAGAUCUUUAAACUUUCUGCUUUUUGACCAGUGCUUUUUUAGAUUGAGGUUCAAGUCAUCAAUGCAAAAUAUAUUGACCUGACCAAAGAUUGGACUCAAAGCUGUCAAACAGAAAUCUAGACUGAUUAGUUGUUGCAAACUGAAAAUGCUGACCUGUCAGGUGAUGAGUUUGUGCUGUAAAUCCAUCUUGUCUUUGGUGUGUCACUGAAAAAGCCAUGAGAGAAGUGGUCCACAGUAUGACUGCCCCUGUUUGCUGAAACUGUUUUGAGGUAAUGAAGUGUACUGGGUGUGAGCAGAUUAGUGGCAUUCACCCUGAAAAACAAACCAUGUGUUUUAGGAACAGAGGCCCCAAUCCAACAGAUCUUUAACAUUUGCAGAAGAGCAGAAAGCAUUUUCAUACAUCUUUCAAGUAUUUUCCUAUUUCUGCUAAAAUAUCCCUUUGGACAAAAGACUAUACUGCAGAAUACAUGUGACAAAGAACUGUCUUAAUGUUGGCUGGAUGCUGUCCUCCAAUGUAUGCAAAAUAAAAACAGUAAU